UGGAACUCUCCCUCACGCAAUGUGUGAAGCGUUCUGCAUGGACAAAUAAGACGCAUAUGCAACUAUAGGAGCUUGACAGGAAAGAUCGAAAAACUGUCGGAGACGGCUCAGAAUGUUUAGGAUGUAAACAAACACGCAGACUGGAGCAAGGCAGUGACGCGAGGAGUGAGUAAGAGUCAUUCUCUUGAGCCUCACACAUCACCAGCACGCACCAUGAGGUUGUCCGUCAACAUCGAGACUCAGACCAUCUUACUGGAGGUGGCGGAGGACCUGGAGCUGGAGAAUUUCAAGGCGUUGGUCGAAAUGGAGGCUGGGAUUCCUGCAAAGGACAUGUUUGUGAUAUUCAACGCACAGCAGCUUAGUGAUGAUAAGAAGACCCUGAAGGACUAUGGAGUGAAGGAUGGAGAGCUGCUGAUGGUUCUGCGGCGGGAAACUCUCCUCGGACAUGCUGCUCAAUUUGUCCAGCAGAGGCGGCAGCAGCAGGGACAGCAGACACAACAGCAGCAGCAACAACGGCAGCAGAGAGGGGGUUCUGUACCUGCAGCUGUUGGUCAGAUAGAUUUUUCAAGCAUUCAGCUGCCCAGACACCUUCAGCGGGGUGGUAAUAGCACUAGCACCAACACCACCGCCACCAGUCCCACUCUGGGUGCUGGUGCCCGGGCUGCAGCGCCACCCACUUCCAGUCAGGAUGGUGAGGGGGCAGCCAACCUGGAUUUGAGGGAGAUGGGGCUAGGUGGUGCAGAUGAUGACCCAGCUGUGAUCCGAGACGUGCUAUUGGCCAACCCUGAACAGCUGGCACUCCUCAAGUACAACAACCCUAAGCUGGCAGAGGCAGUGACCAGUGGUGACCUUGAAAAGUUUGCCACAGUGCUAAGGGAGCAGCAGGAAGUGAGGCGCAACAGGGAGCAGCAACGUAUUCGCUUGCUGACAGCAGAUCCUUUUGACAUGGAGGCCCAACGGCUUAUUGCUAAUGAGAUACAGCAGGAGAACAUCAACAGCAAUAUGGAGACAGCAAUGGAAUACAACCCAGAAAGCUUUGGCCUUGUCCACAUGUUGUACAUCAACUGCAAGGUGAACGGCCAUGAUGUAAAGGCCUUCAUUGACUCAGGUGCACAGAUGACCAUCAUGUCCCAGGCAUGUGCUGAACGAUGCAGCAUCAUGCGGCUGGUGGACACACGGUGGGCUGGUGUGGCCAAGGGUGUUGGUACCCAGCCCAUCAUUGGCCGUGUCCACCUUGUCCAGAUUCAGAUUGAGGGGGACUUCCUUGCUUCAUCCUUUGCCAUCAUGGCAGAUCAGCCCAUGGACAUGUUACUUGGCCUUGAUGUGAUGAAGAGGCAUCAGAUGUCCAUUGAUCUCAAGAAUAACCAGCUACACAUUGGCACCACAGGCACCUCCACUGCAUUCUUAAGUGAAAGUGAGCUUCCAGACUGUGGGAGACUGACACGGCUCAAUGAGGAGGAGGCACGAUUGCAGUCUGAGAGGAUGGCUGAAGACAGGGCACUAGCUGAGGCUCUUGCUGCCAGUGCUAAGGAAGGUGCUGGGACCUCUGGUGAAGGCACGGAGGCAGGCAACCAGGAUCCAAACACAAAUAAAGGAGAAAGUGCAAAAGAAAACACCAAAGAAGAAGCUGCCACUUCCACUGCAGCUACCUCACCAUCACCACAGUUACAGGCCGCCAACCCUGACCCUCCUAUGGAUAACUUUUCUGAGUCAGAUGUGCAGGAAAUAAUUGGCCUUGGGUUUAGUCGGUCACAGGCUGUGGAGGAAUUACGGCGGCAGAAUGGGAACAAAACACAAGCAAUGGCUGCCCUAUUUGUUAAGUCCCUUAAAAUGUAGGUGGGUCUUUCAGCUUUUAUGUACAUUUUUUAAGGUGAUGCUGAUGGGAAAAGGCUUUUAUAUUUUAAAGAGGGUAUGGGGAAUUGGGAAAGACACUUAUCUUGAAACUUUAGGCCAAGGAGGGCAAAUAAGUAUGUACAAAUUGGGUCCAUUGAAACAUCAUUUCCCAUUGAAUUGAAAUAGAUUAUGAAGAAAGAAAAGAAUAGUAAUAAUAUCUUCACUCUAUUGUCAGGCAAGAAAAGCCAAGCCAUGCUGAGAAAAGAAACUUCUGUAGCAGUCUAAGUAAUCUAAGUUUUGACAGAUAAGUUGUAUAAUGUCUAGGUUGGACAUUGAAAUGAUAUUUGUGGUGUGUUUACAUUGACAAUUUUAUACCUAUUGGUAUUUAGGUGUAGCGAUUGGAUGCCAGUAGAAUUGGUGAACUAUAUUCUCAUGUGGUUCAUAAUAAUGCAAGACAAUCCCAACUGAUCACUUGAUUUUCUUAUUCAUUAACAUUGUAGUAAUUAUCCUGAAUUACUAUGAUCUUUUGGUUAUCUCAUUUCCUGUCAUUCUUUUCUAUAAGUUCAAACCACUAUAAGAUGCUACAUUUGACAUCUUUCACCACUACACAUGUUCAUUACUUUUAUCAUCCAUCCUUAGCACACGUCAAACUUUUCAUGUACGAGGAAUAUAGUUUGAAGGAAUGGAUAUCUGAUAUAAAUGGAAAGAUGUUAAAUAAUAUAAUAUUUUUUAGUAUUUGUUAUAUUUUUGAAUAAUAAGACUAAUUACUCUUGUUCAUUUUAUGAAUCAAAUGCUUUUGAAUGGAAAUUUAUAUACUGUUGGUACAAAAGAAAGAGAAGGCUUUGAGAUAAAGUAUUAAAAUUACAGGAUGGUGGUGUAAACUGAAAUGAGCAGGUACAAGGUUUGAAAAAUCAAAUGAAAGCCUAAAGUACAGAUUCUGAUACAAGCACAUAACAAACUAACACACUAAUUAUCAUUGCAUUAUGGAAAUAUGACUCGUGCCAUAAACUUGUUUCCUGCAUGAUCAAACUUGUCACAGUUUGUCUGGCAGUGUCAAGGUGGGAACUGGCAUCUCAUUCUUAAUAGCCCUGCAUCUACCACCAGAACAUUUAGUCAGGAUUGAGCAGCCACAAUGACAAUACAGCAAUCAGCUCCAUUCCACCAGUGCUUUGUUUCUUUUUUUAUUCCUUGCCAUUUAUUAGCUAAAAUGGUUUCCUGCUUGAUGUUUUCUACUGUACUUUUUAUACAGUAGCAUUUGCUAAAUAAUGUUCUGGAUACUCUUGAUAUUUAUAAUUGAGAAAUGGUUUAUGCUUGCAGUGUUGCAAAUCCCAAGCAGUUUGAGGAUUUGUAUCUGCAAUACUUAGUGAUAACUAAUAACAUGUUGAAGAUACUUCCUUAUUCCCUAUUCAGUAUCAGACUGUCCCAUUAAUUUUGCCCUUUGAAGGGAUGCAGUUAUGGUAACACUGACAUUGGACUGAUACUCCCAUCCAAUGACUGAUGUAAACAUUCCAGCCCUCAUUUAAUUAUACCAAAUAUUGAAACUCACUUCUAAGAUAAUACAUUUUAUAAAUAAAAAAUUAUCUGGCUCCUUACAAGUAAAUAAUGGUUUUAGUGAGAAUACAGAGUUAAUUGGUAGUGCAUCAUAGAUGGAAAGUAAUAAAUCAAGUAUAAUAAUAGACUCAGCUUCUAUUUUUUAGGUAUAUUAUAAAUGAUCUUGAAAAUAUGUUUGUAAAGUUCCAAAUUGUGCCAUAAUGUUAUAAAACUACAAAAAAGCCAUAAACUCACCUCUCUUGUCUUGGAGGUGCAAUUCUUGGUGUAAUUUAGACGACACCACACUUCACAUAGUGGUACAGAUAUGACUGCCCUUUGACAAUCAUUAUUAGUAAUUAUAUUUUAUGUAACACAUAAGUGAUAUAGACAAACCAGAAAAAAGCAUGUACGAUAUUAGCAUCACAACAUUCAAGUGAAUCACCACUUCUUAUCUGAUCAAUCCCCAUAGCAGUGGAACAUGCAUGACUGAAAAUAUAGACAUAGCAUAUUAAUACAAAAGGCUGUAAUACAAACAUUCUAGAGUAAAUACAACUGUUGGUAAAUGCCACCAAAUGAAAACCUCAGUUUUUGUAUGAUAGUUUUUCAACUGCCUUGUUCCUCUUCUGUAAACUAAGAUCAAGAGAAAAGUAUUAAGAAUUUUUUAGCUCUUAUCAUCCCUAAAUUUAGUUGAGCCUGAGUAAGCCAUCAUUAUCAGAAUUUAAUUUAAUAUCCUCUUUUUUUUCCGUAUGGAGUUGGACAGUCAUGUGUUUCCUCAUCCACAUGUUCUUCUCUGACAGGGAGUAGAUUUGUUUCAGAAUGAACUCCCUCUAAGGAGGCUGAAGACCAAGGCUAUGAAGGUCCCCUUCCCCAAGGCUGACUGCACCAUGUGAUGCAAAUACACUGCAUGGGUGCAUCUCAUGGUGAUCAGUGGGGUUGUCACAUCCCUAUGCAAAUGAGUGAGAAGAGACAUUGUAAUAUGGACAGUCUUCAUGUAUGCCUCAGCCAUUCAUUCAUACCAUGGGCUGGUUGCACAAAAGUUUAGUGCCUUACAUUAAUAAGGAUCCCUCACAUUGCUUGAGGCCAGUUCUCAAACCUCAUCUGUUUUUUUCCAAAAUAUAGAAUAACAGGACCUUAUCAUGGGUUGCUUAGCAUCACCCUUUAAAGUCAACCACAGUGAACCAUAUUUGCACAAAACCUUCUGCUAACCACUAUUCAAAGUAUUCAUGAGAGAAAUGCCUUGAUUUUUUUUCUAAUAAGACAAAAAAAAUUGUGAAGUAUGUGCCAAGAGUUCUAGUAGUAAUCAUAGCAAUAUCAAAUUUGUCUAUAACAUCAUAAAAUUAAAAGGGUCUAUGCCAAGUAAUAUGUCACUGGAUGAUAUGGUCAUGAUGGUUGGUUUAACAAGUUGAUAUAUUGAUGGUGAGGGUGUCUUUAAAGGUCCUGCCAUCCCUUACUAACUCUUAAACUGAAAGAGUAUCAUUAAAAGUUAUAAUUCUGUGAAGUGAAACAUGAUAGUAGUACUUAAUAUACCAUUAAAUUCAUUUGGAUAAUAUAUAUAUAUAUAUAUAUAUAUAUAUAUAUAUAUAUAUAUAUAUAUAUAUAUAUAUAUAUAUAUAUAUAUAUAUAUAUAUAUAUGACUAGGAUGUAAAUAAUGAAGAAAUCAGCUGACAAUCAAGAAUCCAAGAUUUGUAUGCUGAAGUGUUAUGAUUCAGUGACACUAUAUUUAAUAUUAAUGCCACAAGACUGAAUGUUUAAAUGAUACAGCUACAUUAAGAUCUAUAGUGUGAGAGUAUAUUUCAAAGGAAACAUGUAGUUGCCUAUUGCACUUGAAAUACACCAUAAUACACACUUCUCAAUAGCAAAAGGCAGGGUUACUAAACUGUUUUAAUAUGUUACCUACUGUAAUAAUUUAGAUUAUCUGUAAUAUUCAACAAAUAUCUGAUAAGAUUUACAGUUUACAUUAAAUCAUUAUUAGGGUAUUUGAUUUAAAGCAAAGAUGUUGAAUUCUAAAUUUACAUGCUAGCAAAAGUAUAAGUAAUUUGUAUUAAUCCUCAAAUACAAUUAGCAUUCCAAGUAUUGACUGAGUAAAAUUGCAAAUAUGUAUUCAACUAAGUUUCUGAUGUGGGCAGGAGCAAUCAGAGACUCUCCAGCUUAAUGAAUUUGAACAAACAUGUAUCAGAAUAGAAAGACAAAUACCUACUAAAGGCAGCUGUAAAGGUCUCUAAAGUCAUUGAAUAAAGUAUAAGAUAACAUCUGUUGUUCAAUGGGCUGCAUUACUGCUGUCAGCUAAAUAUAUAAACACAGGUAUAAUUGUGUUUGAUAGGGAUUGGCACAUGUAGGCAUACUGGUUCCUUGCAGCUUACCUUAUGUUCGUAAGUUUGUAACAAAAUCUGUCAAUGUAAAUGCACCACAUUUCACAGGUUUUAUGGCUGUAAUAACAUUUAGGCUAAAGAGAGGAAUAUAAUGUAUGUAAUAUGAAGACUUGAAUUGUACAAAUUGAGAACAUUUAACUAAACACAAGCAUAGGUGAAGGAGAUUUUAAUGAUUUGGUGUCACUGUGUUUUCCAUUGAACUAUGACAGAAAAUAAAUAAAAAAGGAGUAAAGAAAA